AUCCACUAAAUAGGAGAUAUUAAAUGAAAUUAGCAGUUGCCAAAAUAAGAAAAUAUGUCAACCUCACCUAAAUAUAUGUAGCUCUUUUGGCGCAAUUCAUUCAUGAACAUAUUGGAACUCCCAAGUAUACUGAUACUAUUGAUCCAAAAUUUAGUUAAGGGUUUUGGUUUCGGUAUUUUGCUUGGGAUUACGAAAAUAUUAUUCAUAUAUUUUCCAUAAAAAAGGCGACAGCUCCCUUUAUAUUCUGUGCUCAAAAUGGACAUAAAGAACGUUGCAGCGCUCUCUUUCAUGUUUGUGCUAGGAAUAGUGGUACCAAGCAUGCAGUGGCCGUGCGGCUGCAGACCAACCUUCGAGUAUUGCGCCAACGACUACCAAACGUACCACAGCAUCUGCGAGUACAAGUGCCUGAAUCCCACAAUCCAGUUCCAGGAUUGGUUCAUUCUUUACUUUGAACCUUGCUACUAUGACCCUACUACUCCAACUACUACCACUACUACUGCAAGAACAACAACUGCAGUACGUGGUCCAUGCGGUUGCAUUUCGGACUAUACAUUUUGUGGCGACGACUACAGAACGUACCAUAGCGCCUGCGAGUACAAGUGCAAACAUCCCUCCUCCAAGUUCGAAAAGUGGACCGUUAUGUACGAUGGGGCUUGCGUCACGAGGCUAUAGUACUACAUAGAACAGCUAAGGAAUUCGACUUAACCCCUGGAACGCCGUUAUCAAAAAAAUAUUUACCACAGAAUUAUUAAUUCUGUAAUUCUAUUUGUUAGUUACAAAUUGUCAGUGACACAUGUGGAACAAGGCGUUUGAGGGGUUAAGGGCCAACUUGUUAUUAGUUCUCCAGACAAUAUCGGGUGGUAGGCCUGUAUAUUUUAAUUUUUUAUUCGUACUACAAUUAUUUCAGAGCCGAAAAGUAACGCAAAUAGUGCAUAAGUACGACACAAGCAAUAGGUUAGAUAUUAAUAAAAUAUUUAUAAAAAUACUUCAGAUAAAACUUA